CUCAUCACAAAAAAAGGUCGCUUAGGAAUCAGUGCCAUGACCGUUGAGGAGGGUGACAUUGUAGUAUUGGUCAGUGGAGUGCAGAUGCCCUUCAUUCUUAGGCCUACAGGUACAAGAUACCUGGUCGUUGGCGAGGCAUACAUUGACGGAAUCAUGGAUGGUGAGGCAGCAGAGGACGGUGAAUGGGUUCACAUGGAACUU